UGUUUAGUGGACGUUCUGGAUGGCGCAAGCGGGGAGCCGUGCAUCACUCAUCGCGGUACGCUGGUGGCGUCGAUAUUUCUCAGAGAUGCUCUGCAAGCCAUCAAGAGUUAUGCAUUUAGAUACAGCCCGUACCCGCUCAUCCUGACAAUCGAGAAUCACUGCAGCUUACAACAGCAAGAAGCCAUGGCCCGAGCGUUCGUCGAAGUAAACACGUUUCAGAUUUUAGGGGACGAUAUUUAUAUGAUCCCAGAGAAUGAGCCACUCACAGAACUGCCGUCACCAAGUCAACUCAAGCACAAAUACCUUCUACGCGGUAAGCGAGUGCUGGCAGCUGUGACAGGUGUGGAUGAGGGCAGGGAGGAUGAUGAUGAGGCUUCAGCAGCACCCGAAAACAAGUACGUUCAUCCGGAUCUCUCGAAACUCAUCUCACUAUCUCAAGUGAAACUGACACGCUGCUUACGUGGUGAUAUCGACAAACAUGGGGUAAAUGAAUCGGCGUCGCUUUCGGAAACGAAAGUAAAGAAACUUGGUGAAGAAAGCGAGGCUUUGCUUGCUGCCUAUACGUCAAAGCAUUUUGUGAAAUCAUAUCCAAAAGGCCUUCGCCAGGAUUCCAGCAAUUUCUGCCCAAUGCAGUCCUGGAUCGCCGGAGUACAAUCGGUUGCACUAAAUAUGCAGACUUAUGAUGAAAACAUGGAUCUCAGUGCGGGACUGUUUCGGAUAAACGGCAACUGUGGCUACGUUCUGAAACCGCCUGUCCUAAUUCGUGGUCUGGGUAAGCAACCUCAAAGUCGUGAUUUAAUCACCAGAUAA